GCCGCGCCGUUCCUGUGGCCGGCAGGGCAGCGCGGCCGCCGGCAUCUAGGCGCCACCCCCCGCGGCCGGCCGCCCCCUUUGAUGUCUCCCGCCCGCCGCCUCGGCUCCCUCUGCUCCCAGGCGGCUCCCCGCGCGGUCAGCUCCACCCCCACACCCGCCCAGUGCACGGUCCCCUCGCCGCAGCGGAGAUGAGCGGCGCCGACAAGGUUGUGUUGUUUGGGUCCUUCACGGAGGAUGAGACUAAGUUGUUCCAGGGGCAGCCUGCUAAAAGUGAGGAGAAAUCAUGGGAACUGCCUGAGAUCCAGUUUGGUUCACUGAAUUUUUCUGUGCUAAGUUUAGAGAAAGCAUCGAAUGCUAUCACUGAAGGCUCUGCUCAUUCUCCAAAGCCAACUUAUGGCCAUACAAAGGAUCACGCUGGCAGUAAUAAGAAGGAAACUGUAACAUCUACCUUACCAAAUGGUGGACCAGUGCUGUUCAAUGGACUUCCUGCCGAAGUUUCUCCUAAUAAUGGUAUUCUCAAGAAUGUGAAGUCUGAAGCUUCGGUCCCUUCAGCUGGGCCUGUCAGCAAUUUAAAGGAGAACAAAGCAACGGUUGCUUUAGCUGGCCCUGUAAACAAUGUAAAGAAGACUGAAGCUCAAGUUCCUUCAGCUCGUCCUGUCAACGAUGUAAAGAAGAAUGAAGCUCUGGCUCUUUCACCUGGGCCGAUCAACAAUGUAAAGAAGGACGCUACAGUUCCUUCAGCUGGGCCUGUCAACAAUGUAAAGAAGGACGCUGCAGUUCCUUCAGCUGGGCCUGUCAACAAUAUAAAGAAGGCUAAAGCCACGGCUCCUUCAGCUGGGCCUGCCAACAAUGUGAAGAAGGUUGAAGCCACGCCCCCUUCAGCUGUGUCUGCCAACAAUGUGAAGAAGGCUGAACCUACAGUUCCUUCAGCUAGGCCUGUCAACAAUGUGAAGAAGGCUGAAGCUACGAUUCCUUCACCUGUGCCUGUCAACAAUGUGAAGAAGGCUGAAGCUACGGUUCCUUCACCCGGGCCUGUCAACAAUGUGAAGAAGGCUGAAGCUACGGUCCCUUCACCCAGGCCUGUCAACAAUGAGAAGAAGGCUGAAGCUACAGUUCCUUCACCUGGCCCUGCUAACACUGUAAAGAAGACUGAAUCUGUGGUUCCUUCAGUUGCGCCUAUCAAGAGCAUUAGCAGUUCAACACCAAUUGAAGGGCCAGGGCCGCACCAUGAUGGUCUCAGAUGUACAGAAAGCAGCAGUUCAGCUAUGUUAGUAACUGAGAAUGGAAGCACAGGUGCUGAUGCACCUAUUAUUGCAGCUCCAGCAGAUGAUUCCGUCACAAGUUUAAAUAAGGAAGACUAUCAGAAUAAGCCGUUGCUUCCUCAUGGUUUGAAGAAUACAGGAAAUAUAUGCUUCCUGAAUGCAACUUUGCAGGCUUUCCUUUCAUGCUUCCCUUUUGUUCAGCUUGUACAAGGCCUGAGGAACCGGAGUAUACCUAAGGCUGGCUACCCUACUCUGAGUGCAUUCAUUGAGCUCGUCUCUCAGUUUGAUGUACUUGACGAGUCUACUAUGAAAGACGAGAGGUUUGCUUUAGUCGCUGCAAAAGUAAUCAAUCCUACCAUGUUCGAUCAAGUUCUGAGAAAUUUUACUCCAGAUGUACCGGCUGGAACAUCUGCUCGGCCAAGACAAGAAGAUGCCCAAGAGUUCCUAAGUUUUGCCAUGGAUAGAAUGCAUGAUGAACUGUUGAGGCUUAAUGGCAAUGGUUCAAAUUCAAAGGAAGGUAUGGUUGUUUCUUCUGAUGAUGACGAUGCCUGGGAGACUGUAGGUAGGAAGAACAAAUCUGCAAUCAUGAGGACACAGAGUUUUGUUCCCUCCGAUCUAAGUGCUAUUUUUGGAGGCAAGCUACAAAGUGUAGUGAAAGCUGCAGGUAACAAAGCAUCAGCAACCGUUCAGCCUUUCCUGCUGCUCCAUCUUGAUAUAUUUCCAGAUGCUGUUCAAACGCUUGACGAUGCACUUCAUCUGUUUUCCACCCCUGAAUCUUUGGAAGGAUACAGAACAACUGCUGGAAAGGCCGGAGUGGUGACAGCUAGGAAAUCAUUCAAGAUACAUGAACUUUCAAAGAUAAUGAUACUGCACUUGAAGAGGUUCAGUUAUGGAAAUCGUGGGUGUACUAAACUGUACAAGCCACUCCACUUCCCUCUUGAACUGGUCCUCAAUCGGGAUCUGCUGAGCUCACCAUCAUCAGAGGGUAGAAGAUACGAGCUCGUUGCAACCAUCACUCAUCACGGGAGCGGCCCGUCCAGGGGCCAUUACACCGCUGAUGCAAAGCGUGACGGUGGGCAGUGGCUUCGGUUCGAUGACGGCCAUGUCAUGCCCAUCAACGUGAACAAGGUCUUGCAUAACCCAGCGUAUAUCCUGUUCUACAAGCAAGUUUAAGUCUGGUGUUACCAUGCGGUUGAUCGCACCCUUCCUCUCAUUGCUGGAACAGUGAGUUAUACUGUCUAACUAUGGUUGUGUUAAAUGGUAGCUGCCGUGUAACCGCAGAAUCGAGUGUGUCAAGUACCCUGGUUGCGUGACCCUAUUUAUAUAUAUGCCUGGUAACGUAGUGAUGAGGGGGGUGGGCAUUCCCGCCCAGCCCAUUUUUGAGGUCCUGUAAAAUGCACCUGCUCAUCUUGGUAACCAUGAGGUUGCUAUUCAUCCUUUGUGCUCGUGUUAUGGCG